CGGCAAUCAUUAAUCGGCCGCUCCGCAUUCCCGGGAUGGAAAAAUGCCCCAGCGGGCAGCCGUGCCCUGGCAGUCCGACAUGCCGCUGGCCGGGAAGCUGCUCCUGUCCGCUGCCGCACUGCUCCUCCUCACCCUGGCCUUCAGGUUCUACAGGAGCCGCUCGCUCGCCGGGGGCAAAACCCCGCUGGCUGACGAGGGACAGCCCGGGGAAAACCUUCCCCGGGCCGGGGAUGGGGAUGGGGAUAAGAAUGGGGAUAAGGAUGGGGAUGGGGCAGUGGGUCCGCGGCGGAGGAGGGUGUGGGGUGAGGAGGUGAGGAGGGGUGGUGGGGAUGCCCCAGGAAGCAUCCCUGGGACGCGGCUCCCGCCCCUCUGGGGGGAUCCAAGGGCGCUGAGCGGGGAGGAGCAGGGAGAGGAGAUGGUUCCUGAACAGGGACUGACCCGCGGGACAGCCCGGCUCGGUCCCGCCGGGAGGGAAAGGGAGCUGGGGAGGGAGCUGGGAAGCAGGCUGGGAUGUGAGCUGGGAAGUAAGUCAGAAGGCAAGCCAGGAAUUGAGCAGGGAAGUGAUCCAGGUAUUGAGCCAGGAAGCAAGUUGGGAAAUGAGCUGCAAAAUGAGUUGGGAAGUGAGCCGGGAAGCAAGCUGGGAAGUAAGUCAGGAAGCAAGCUGGGAAUCAAGCCGGGAAAUAAUCCAGGAAGCAUGUUGGUAUACAAGCUAGGAAAUGAGUCAGGAAGUGAGCUGGGAAGUAAGUCAGGAACUAAGUCAGGAAGCAAACUAGGAAAUGAGGCAGGAAAUAAGCUGGCAAGCAAGCCAGAAAGCAAGCUGGGAAGUAAGUUUGGAACUAAGCCAGGAAUUGAGCAGGGAAGUGAUCUGGAAAGCAAGUUGGGAAGCAAGCUAGGAAAUGAGGCAGGAAGUGAGUGGGCAAGUGAGCCGGGAAGCAAGCUGGGAAACGAUCUGGGAAUGGAGCUGGGAACUGAGCCGAGCUCUCACGACCCUGGGAACGUGGCUGAAACACUGAGCAGCCAUUCCGAGAAGGAAACACUUGCCCCAAGCACCGGGGUCUCCCCAGGGAUUUCCAAUGCCCAGAUGGCAGAUGAUGGAUGUUCCCAGAGCACGGAGAAGGAUUUGGCUGGUGGAAGCAUGAGCAGGGAGACCAAGGGGAACAGGGAAUCCAUCCGGACCCUCAGUGUCACCUCGAACCUGGGGCUGCUGAUGACAGCGAGUGAUGCAGAGUCCGACUCCUCCUACUCCUUCUCCUCAGUCGCAAAGAUCCAGGUGGAGGAGAACUACAUCCCCGAGAGGCAGGGGAAGGACAGGGACAACCGGACGGUUCCCGGGCUCAGAGGCAAAGUCUACGACUACUACGUGCAGUCCAUCUCCGAGUCGGUGCUGAAGAAGAAGUGUCUCCCCUACAUCCCUCCGGGAAUGUCCCGGUGUCGCAGCUCUGAGCGGGUCAAUGAAGAGCUGCAGAGCUUUGCAACCCAGAAGCAGGACCCAGCUUUGGAAGCACGUGAUCCCACCACCUCCUCCACAGUCCCACCACCCACGAGGAGCUCAGAGGCCUCUCCUGAGCCACCGUCUCCCGGCCGCAGGAAGAGCAUCCUCCAGAUUGCCAACAGCCCCCACCUCCAGCUGCCCAUGGAGGGGUUUGGGAUCACAGCUCCAGCUGGAACACCACCACCUGGAAGCCCCCAGCCAGGACUGGUGGCAAGUCCUGACCCCACCCAGCUGCCACCAGACACCCCCCUGGAUCUGGGGAACUGCUACGAGGUGCUCAGCACAGCCAAGGCGCAGGGGCUCAGAGCCCUCCAGGAGGCUGCCUACAGGGUGAUGAGUGACAACUACCUGCAGGUGCUGAGGACACCCUCCAUCUACGGCCGCCUCAACGCCGGCGAGCGGGAGCUGAUCCUGCGGCGGAGGAUGGAGGGGAAGAUGUUCGUGGUGGUGGCAGAUGUCACGCAGGAGCCCGACCUCCGCCCCGGCCGCCUCUGCUACUACGACGAGGGAGGGGACUGCUGGCACCACCUCUGCCACGUGCCACCCGAGGUGCUGUCCCGGGGCUGUGCCAUGUGCAGCAUGUUCAACUACCUCUUCGUGGUGUCCGGCUGCGAGGGCACGGGCCGGGCACGGAGACCCUCCAACCGCGUCUUCUGCUACGACCCCCUGACCGACAUCUGGAGGGAGAUCUGCCCCCUGAACCAGGCGCGGCCCCGCUGCAAACUCAUCGCUCUGGACGGGCACCUGUACGCCAUCGGCGGCGAGUGCCUGUGCACAGUGGAGUGCUACGACCCCCGGCGCGACCGCUGGGCCUUCGCGGCGCCGCUGCCCCACGACACGUUCGCGGUGGCCCACACAGCCACGGCGUGCCACGGGGAAAUCUACGUCACCGGGGGCACCCUGCGCUACGUCCUGCUGCGCUACGACCCCCGCCGGGACAGCUGGAGGGCCGGCCCGGCCGUGGGUGGCAGGGACGGGACGGCCGAGAUGGUGAGCGCCGACGGCUUCAUCUACCGCUUCGAGCGGCAGCGCGGCACGGGCGUCAGCGUCCACCGCUGCGGUGCCGGGGCCAGGCUGUGGUACCGCUGUGCCAACUACGCCCUGCCCAACCCACCCGGCUUCCAGUGCACCACCAUGGGCAGCCUGGUCCACUGCCUCGGCCGCCGCCUCCACCUCCGCUUCCUGGCCGACCACGUCUCGCCGCGCUUCGGGGCCAAGGAGCUGCGGCCCUUCCCCGCGCCCCACGGCAGCCUCCUCCCGGCUGUGCUGGUGCUGCCGCAGGGAGGGACGGCACAGACUCGGGUCUGAGCGGCCGUGGUUUGGUCCUGUGAGAUGACCGGUGGUGGCUCAGGUGCGACGUGAUGGUCAGAGCCGGGAGGAGAAGCCACCGGCCCACUUUGCACCGUGUCACCCCCACCCUCCAUCAAACAGGGACUGAGCAGGGAAACAAACUGCCCUUGGCCACUGCCAGGAACCCCAGCCUUGAGGACACAAGGAAGAGCAAAGCAGGAGCUGGGUGGGCUCGUUGGUGAGAGGUGUUUAAACACAGAUGUGUUUGCUUGGAUGCAAAUAAACGCGGAUCCCUGCAGGCUCCCAGCUGCUCACUGCCCCCGGAGUGGCUGCUCAGGCACCAGGUGUUCAAUAUUGACAUGGACACGCAGCACAUGGUGGAUUUUAGGGUGGAGGAACAUGGCAGGGAGGUUGGAUCUCAAGGGAGGUACCACCCAAAGGUCAGCCUUGUCAGCACUGAGCCUUCAGGUUUGAUCUCCCACAUCCCCUGGGGUUGGAGCUUGGGGGCUGGGGGUGCCCUGCUCCUACCGGUGCCUUGUUAUCCCUUACCUUCUCCUCAGAAUGGAACUAUAUAUAUAUAU